GUCAACGCUAUGUAUGGUAGGAUUUUAUCUUCAAGAAUUAACUGCAAUACCUCCACUCUGGUGCUUUGCGUCUGAUAGCUACAGCCCUGUAGUUUCAGUGAGGGCUGGUGCUCAAUGUUUGGCACCUCCUGUGUGUUACCCCCUUCUCUGUCCACUGCUUGGACUGUUCCAUUUCGCAUCUGAAAAAAAAUCUGAUAGUUGGAGAGUUCUACAUGUCAGGGACCGCUGCAUCCACAGCACAUAGACAGCUAUAGGUCGUGGACCCACCAAGAAAUGCAGAUGGAUGAGAAAAAGAUGCUUGACCCUCACAAUGAUGUAUCACUAAGAAAUGCUGACCACAACAAGGCAAAUAUGGGCUCCUCUGGCGACUCUGAAAAAGUAAUCCAGCGCUUGAAUGAUGAACUCCAAGAAGCCCGGGAGCAAGCCAACACAGAGAAGAAGAAAUGCAAUGAGCUGCAAGGUAUCCUGGAGGAGGCGAAAAAAGAUGGUAAACAACUGGCAGAUGAGUCUGCAAAUCAGAAAAAACUUCUGAAUGGCCAGCUGAAGCAGCUACAAGAUGAAAUCGACUGUCUGAAAGAGCAGCUGGACGUGUCCUCUGGCUCACACAAGGAGCUGCAAAGAGUCAGGGAAGAGGUGAAGUCCCUGCAGUGCGCCCUGGACACUGCUGCUGCGGAGCGGGAUCGUGAUGUCAGCACCGUCCGGUCUCAACUGGCAACUGUCUCAAAGGAUUUGGAUAAAUGGCGUCAAACUGCUUUGAAGUAUGAGAGAGAUAUUGGUGACCUACAGCAGGACCUUCAGCAGCAGAGCAACCAGUGGCAGAAAACUGCUGAAAUUCAAGCCAGUGAACUGCAGUCCAUGCAGGCGGAGUGUAACGGCCUUCAGAAGGAGUGCUCCAGCCUGCGAUCUGAGAAACAGGACAUGGUGACAAAGCAUCAGAAGGAAAACAGUGGUUUGCAGAGAGAGUGUGCUUCACUUCGAGCUGAAAAGGAGGAACUCCUGAAAGCUCACGAGAAAGAGAAGGCCAGUCUGCAGAAAGAGUGUGCAGCACUGCGCACUGAGAAGGAGGCCGCUGUGCAGAAACAGCUGCAGCUGGAGAGGGACCUGGUCAGUUCACGUACCCAGAAUACGGAGCUUAGCGACAGCCUGAAAGCCCUGGAGAGAAGCCAGCAGGAGCUGGAGAAGAAGAUUGUAGCCCUUCAGCUGCAGCACCAGCAGGAUAGUACCAAGCUGCAGACCCAACUGGACGAAGCAGAUAUGCGCAGUAAAGUUUUGCACAGAGAGUGUGAUGAAGUGAAGACUGAGCUGUCUGACCUCAAGAUCAGAUAUGAGACGACCGAGAAGGAAAAGCAGUUGUUGAGCAGUGAACUGGAGGAGUGCAAAGCCAGCAUGAUGGAGUUGAAAGGAAAAGGAACACAGGUGAAUGCUUAUGAGGUGGCUAAGGAUGAGAUUACCAACCUAAAGAUUAAAUAUGAGAUGUCUGAGCUGGAGAAACAGUUGCUGAGUAUUGAGCUUGAGGAGGUCAAGGCUGUGAUGCAGGAGUGUCAGGGCCAUGGAGUGCAGAAGUCGUGGAUGAUCUGGGGACCUGUGGUGGCCGUAGCUUUGACUGCUGUGACUGCCGCUGCGCUCUUCCGCACCUGAUGGGGCCCAUUUAAGCACUGAAACAGAAAAUGUAGUUGUUGUUUGCCAUCCUCCUCACUGAAACCGCAAAACCUGCCCUCUCGUCAUAUCUGCACUCGGGAGGGGCUUGUAUUUAACACUGUUUAGUUCUUAAGCUGCUCUAAUAAAGCUUGCAGAGAAGAAGAAGAAGGGUGUUUUUGGAUUGAAGGGAACUCCACUGGUGUUACUUUGAAGGAUAAGUGAAUGUAAAGAUGACUGGCUCACUAAUACACACAAUGAUAGGUAGGAGGCACUGUAACACUUCUCCCUAGUCGAUGGAAACUGCACUUAAAUCCUGAGUAUACUAAAGUUCAUUACCUGAUGUGAUUCAUAGGACUUCACUUUCAGUGUUAAUUUUUUUUUUUCAAAAAGUAAUUUGAAUUAUACAACAGAAAUGUUUAUUUAUUUAAUGAUAUUACUGUGAAAAACCUCGAAUUACGGUGUCCUCCCUCUGUGGUUUAGAAGUGUGUGUGAUAUUUUGCAAAGAGUUGAACAGUUCCGAAAUGAAAAGUGACCUUAAUUAAAGACUAUAACCUUC